CAGAACAGGAACAAAACAAACCGACACAUAGAGCCUCUCACACAGGCGGUGACUCAUGUCAGCGUGCUGGGUGUUGCUGUGGGGGCUUCCUGACCCUUUGCUCUCCAGACAAAAGGCUGGAGAAGGUCCUGCAGCAGCGGGCGAGAAACAUGAGAAUCCAACAUGCCGCCGGGAGAAAACGCGUCCGUGGAAACGAGGCCGACGGAAGCCCAGCCUCUGCCGGCUCCAGCCCCCCUGACGGGGCCCUCAGGGGACAGCGGCGUGUUGGAGACGCCUCAGCGAGACCUUCAGAGACCGACGUGUCCCCGAUGCGGCCUUCCCGUCCCGGACAGCAGACCCGAACCGGCCUCGCAGCCCCGGAGCCGGCCGCAGGGCUCAGCGGCGUCGGUACACGGCGACAGGAGCCGGAGCAAGAGAAGUGGGCCCGGACCCGACCGACCUGCUCCUGGGUCUGCCGACUCGUGCUCUGGGCUGCUGCUGGCGUGCCUGUGGUGCCAGUUCUCGGUGGUGCUGCUGGGCCUGCUGGAGGCCUGCUCCUCCUGCUCCUCCUGCUCCUCCUGCUGCCUCCAGGGCCUCUGCUCCUCCUGCUGCUGCGCCUCCUGCGCCCGCUGCUGCGCCGCCGUACGGGACGCGCCCGGCGAGGAGCUGGGGUGCCCCGCCCACUGCCACUCGGUGCUGUUUGAGUCCUGCUGCGAGCCCAUCGAGUUCCUGGAGUUCUGCCUGGACUGCUGCGAGAUCUGCCACCGCGGCUGAGCCUCGGGGGACGGCAGACGUGUCUGAACUGACCGAUCGAUGAGCGGAAAGUCUUUUUGUCUGAUCAAGAACUGAAAAUGGUGAGAAUUACUGGAGCUGAGACGAUUAAUCGUGAUUAAAUCAUUUGUUGAAAUAAUCGUGAGCUAAUUUAACUGUUGACUGCUAAGUUGACUAAUCAAACUUAAAAAAUGGUCAUCUGCAAAAAAAAACAACAUAUUUGAGAGAGUAACUGGGCAAAACUGUACAAAAAAAUACAAACAAAAAAACGACUUCCAUUCUACUCAGAAUUACUGAAGUGGCAAAAUUUUAGCGUCACUCGGAUCAAAUUCUCUAAAGAAAAAUAUCUCCUAUUAAGCACUUUUAACUUUAGAAUUAUUGAUCUGUUAAUCCAAAAACUAGCCAAUAAAUGAGUUCUACGCUGUAUAGAUGCUGAGCAGAAAGGGCUGAGCUUUUCACAUGUUAUUAGCUGUUUUGUUUUUUUGGCUGCUUUGAAUGCCAUG